AAAUUGCAACAAAAACUAUCGAGCCAAAAUCUCUUGCGGUUCAGUUUCCGUGACUUGGGCCUUGGCGUUGAUUGCGCCCCUAACCUGCCCCCUGCGCAACGACCUUUCACCUACGCCGCUUGGGCCAAAAAGGCCCCCCGACUGCACGCGUCCGUCGUGAGCGCUCGUCGUUUUUCAAACGCCGCCUCCGCAUGUGAAAGGAAGCGGGUCGACCUUAUGAGUCGGCGCGCUAUGAUGCCAAAAAGGUGUCGAUGUCACGCUUCCUUGACAAAAUGUGCCGAUGUCAUGCUUCUGAUCUGCUUUGCACGGUUGGGAUCAAGGACGGGGAAAGAAAAGCUCUGCGAUUGUCUCCUGAAAAGAGACAGCGGCACAACGGGAGGGUUGCAAAGAUGGCGUCCACUUUCAACAAAGCUCAUUUGAGAAAAGUCACAGAAAAGAAGCAACUUUGCGACGGAGCGCUGCACCCGUCGCCGUUCGGCAUUCUCGACCUGCUCAACACGCAGAAAUGCCUCAAAGAGUUUUUCGCCCAGCGGGGGAUGUUCGGGGACGACGCGGCUAGUUCGGAAGUCAACCAGAAUGGCACGUCAAACCUGAAGGCCAAAGAGAGGGACGACAAGAUCAACCACAUCAUCAAGAGCAUUGUCGAGAAGAGCAUUGCGGACAUCGCCAAGAUGAGGCAGCUCAUCGCCCUGUGGGACGCGGAGGAGCGCUCCGCGUCCCACUCCUACAUCGACGAGUCGUCGUACGGCGUCGUCACCCAACAGAAAAUUAAACAAUACCUGAGGGACUUCUUCUCGGAGCGCCUCACGUCCGCCGAGCACCCGAGAGAGUUCCACGACGGCGCCGACCGUGGACCGUACUCCUCUGCGGAGGCGGCGAAGGAGGAAGAGCCCGGCUCGUCUCUGUCUUCUCCCGUCAUCGGGAAGGCUUUGACUAUGAUCAGCCACGUGAUGCAGCCCGUCGUCGACACCAUUGACUCCGCGACCAGAGUUACCAAAACUGUCGUCAGUAUGUUAGGGUGGAACGAUCGAGACGACAAAGAACCGGAGACGGCCGACCGGUCGGAUGAAGGAGCGCGGCAGAAUUGGGCUCAAUGGACAGAGGACACCGGGGCAGAAGGUCCGUCCCCUUCCUCCGCCGCCACCGGAAGGAAAAAGAACAGAACGGACAGGGAACAUCCGGUCCAGUCGCUUUCGCCGUCAAUGGAGCAAUCCGUGGAGGUCGGCUCACCUCCUUGCUCUCCCCCUGCAAACCAGCUCGGGAGUGGCAGGAAAGACGCUAGUCGGGUUCCCCCGGCGAUGUUCGACGAGGCUGUCAUGGAGGAACUCUGCAAUUUGCAAUUUGAGAUCCAGUUGACGCCAAGACUCUCCCCCAUAUUGGAGGAGACUUGGGAGACCAAUUCUUCCGCUUCCUCUUCAGCCGUCCUGGAGAAGACGUGUCUCUUCGAGGCAGGUUCCGGCUCCAGCUUUGGAGUCCCUUCAGAGGCCAACGCUGGUCCUAUUUUUCCCACGAAUGCAGUUCAAGGCCAAGCGGAUGUCUUUGGGGAAGAAGAAGAAGCGCUCCAAAAGUUCCCCACUGGGAUGGAACUGACCCCUCAGGUUUGGCCAUUAACUUGCCAGAAGCCCAACGCCGUGGGUGACAGCACAGACGAGAGAAUGUCUAGUUCCGAAUUCUCUGAAGAAGAGGUCGCAAAAGCCAGCUCUGCCGUUGAGGCUUGGUCCACCCCAAGACUUUUGCACACGUUCGACGGUGUCUCCCCAGUUCCCUCUCCCGCUACGUCUUCUCCCAUGAUCGAGAAGGCCAAAAAUCUCAUCAACCAGGUCAUUCAGCCUGUCGUCGAUACGAUUGACUCCGCCAGCAAGGUUACAAAAACAGCCGGCAAAUCCAUUGCCAAAAAAGUCAGGUCCAUGUGGAAAUACCGCUCCGGCAGAAAGAAGGGCAAGAGGGCUAAAGGAAGGACUGACAAAAAAGCUGAGCGAACCGGACGUCGAGCUAUUUUCAGCAACGAGGAGGAGCGGUCGGAGGAGGACGAGGAGGAGGAGGAGGAGGAGGAGGAAUGCAACACUGCUGAGGUGGAUUCAAUCUCCCAGGUCUCGGGCGCAUUAGAUGACGCUGAGCUCGUCCGUUCCUCGGAGGGUCCCGCGGGGGGCUUCCUCGCGGACAGCAAAGCUGAGACCUCUGCGGACAUCUUGGAUGACGUAGCGGUGGAGGACUUCUGUUUCUUUGAGGCGGAAUCCUCUUCCGUCAUUUCCACUCCAUUUUUGGACCCCAGAAUGGCGGCUUCGUGCGACCCCACCUCCUCCGCCUCAGCCUCAGCCUCAGCCGCUCUGGAGAAUUGUACUCCAGAUAUCUUAGAACAGACGUCCUGCAAUUCCGUCGGCUGGUCGUCAAUUCCUGGGAAUCAACGGAGAGCCUCGCGUACGGACGAAGGGCGGGCCAGCGAGAUAAAUCCGCUGCAGUCGGAGGACGACGGACCGGAGCACAAUAUCUACAGUAUUUUUGAGAACAUUUUUCGAGAGGAGUUUUCCAAAAAAUUAGAAAACUCCCUCAGGCAGGGCCUCUGUGAUGCAGUCCGUGUCUACGUUCCUGAAAGGAGCUCAACAGACUCCUUUGAGAGCACCAACAUCUCAGGCGAGCUGGCUGACAAUUGCGCAAAACUGGAAAUGGAUACCUCAUCGGUGGGUCCGCAAGACUCUCUCGAGAGCGGCUCAACCUCAAUCACGUCUUUUACGAGCUACCAGUUGCUAGAAGACGGAACGAGCAGGAGGCGGUUAUCAGAUGCCGACCUUAAAGGAAUACCGCCAGAAGGGUGUGAUUCCAAGAGGAAGUCCCUGUGGAAGAGGUGGCGAAUGAGGCGCGCCAGGAAGGUUCUGCCAGGUCAUUUGGAGGGUCGCUUUACUUCGGGUGCCGCUGACAACACCAGCUCAGAUGGCAAAGCCGUGGAACCGGCCAUCAAAUCUAUCUUGAAAAAAGUCACGUCAAUUUGGAAGUAGUUCAAGACUUCCGGAGUUGUUGGCUCCGAGAGGCAGAAGAACGUUGGUUGAGUUCCAGGGAAUGAUCAAGACUCAACACCAGCACCACUCUGGAACCCCUCGUGUAUUAUUCGAUAGUGAUUACUCAUUCACGAGGAGAGGGACCAGACGACGACUACGAUAAGAAGUGUGGCAAAGCAAUGUUGUUGUUGUUGUUGUUGUUGUCCCAAUGUGGAUUUCAGAACUCAUGCUUAUCAGUUUUUUUUUUUUUUUCGAUACGGUGAUGCUGUUUUACAACAACGGGGAAGGCGGAAUAGGUAUCCGGAACCACCCGCCUUUCAUUCUGCCUCAAGGAUGUGGCCUUCGGUCACGUCGAGCGCUUUUGUUAAAGGACCAAUCGGCUCCUUAGCUCGUCCCUCGGUCAAGUGGCCCAAAGAAAUCUGGGCGGAACAAAAGUCAAAUGAGCGAACGAGCAAACUUGGCCGUGCUGGUCCCAGGUGCCCCGUGACGGCCAUUUGCACAAACCUGACGGACACGGGGAAAGCCCCUUUCGCACAGUCUUUCCUGAAGUACCAGUCGGGCCAAAACGCAUCGCCGCGUUCCCUUUUUCAAAGCGGUGUUGGCCAGUUGGGUCACAAUCCGAUUGGCAUUGGCGUCUUUUGUGACCCUGUGAAAUUCGCUUUCCGCCGUCCCCUUUGGCACAGCUAGCGCCCCGUCCUGCCUCUGAUCACUACCUCAGAAGCUGAAGUAUUUGUGGGCUCACUUCCAAACCCCGUUCCCUCCUUUUGAAGGGCAGUGUGAAAAGAGCUCUCGUUUAAUGCUAUUCUCGGGGUCUUUGGAUUUUGAGGGAGGACGGGACCCAAGAACGUGGGUGCGUUUGUGUGACUGUGAGUGAGUGAAUAACUUGCCGAAGUCCUUCCUCUGAUCCGGGCAUGGAGCUCAGGGUCCCGAUGGACGUCUUGGUCCGACUGGUUGUACGAGCCCACCAUCCCUGAAGUCAAGCUAAUGGUAAAAAAACCCCCCAAAAAAAAUCUACGGUAGCUGUUGUUAAUCCCCGUGUAGCGAGUGCGUGUACCCAUCGUGUAUUGCAUCAAAGUGUUUCGUUGCCAACUGAGAUUCCUCGAUCAGCGAAAUCUCGCAGUAGGUGAGAGCUUUGUGACCCAGAAUGAGGAGACCAUCAAGAAAAGGAUCAUCCAUUGUCGUCGUCUUGCUUUGUAAGCAGUUGGCGGAAAGGUGCCUUCUGGAGAGAUGAGCUGCAGUUGAUCUCCAGUGGGUCGCGGGGCCCCGGAGCUGCAGCGAUAUCAGAGCAAACUGCCAAUAAAGCUUCAAGUUAACCCAAACGCUGUUUCGGCC